AUGUCCCGCCAAUAUCCCAGCAAACCGCUUUCUCACAGACCAGCCGAGAAGGAAUCCCGUUUCAUGCAGUUCAUCAGCCGCACAGACGAGGACGAGGCCGGUAACCAUACUGGGGGUGCGAACUCCAUUACGACGGUUUCCGGUCCCCCCAUCGUCACCAGCCCAACUGCACCGUACGAGAUACCCUCCACCGUCACACCUGUCCUCUUCACCACGCAGUCUGGUGGGGCGGACGGCACACCAACCUGCACGAUACCGAUCGUCAAGUUCGGCGAUAUGCUACUCAGCGAGAAAGAGUCUGUCGGCAUGAGAUUUGCGGCUGGUCAGAGUCUUGAUACCCACAUUGGAGCCCCCAGCUCCAUCGAGACCGUCUUCGACUACCCAUCCCGCUUGGCCACCCUCAGCGUGCAUCCCACCAUCACCGUUCGGGAAGGAGACUCGGUGUGCCCCACUUUCAACCCAGAAUUCGCCAUUGUCGCCCGAACGAGGAGGCUCGCAUCCACCGAGAACACCGCCGUCGUGAAGCGUCCAAAAGGCCCGGACUUUGAUCGCACGGAUGCCGCUGUGAGACAGACUAUGGACAUUGCGAAUUUGCUCGCUCGUUUGAAGGUCCGAUCUGAGGAGAGCAGUAUCAUCAACGAUAGCAUCCGCAAGACCUGCACGAUCGAUGAUGCCCAGAUUGUUUUCACUGAUACCCACGAAGCUCGCAUGGAGGCGACAGGGGCAGUGAUCAAAGAGUGGCGGGUUGAGAGAGGCAUAGAUGAGACUACCCGAUCUUGCACAAGAGAUGACCGGGGUUUCCCUUAUUGA